AAUACAAUAAACAGUAGAUAGCAGUAGUGUACUAUUUUUUUCAGUUGUUAGGUUUUUGAGGUCGACUGACGUGACGCAUGCUCUGUACAGUGGAUGUAAACAUUGGAGCUGCCCUUUUGUUGGCACGAGCGGGCUGUGGAUUUGUGUAGGUUACACGUAUUCGGCUCGAUGGGCUGGACGGUGGAGCUGUUGCCUGGUGGUGAAAUCAGCUAGCGGCAGCUAACAAGCAAACUAACACUCGGCAUUAAAUCAAAUCUGAAACCUGGCUGUUGAACUCCUUACAGUUCAAUUGCGCAAGACUGUGCAGUUGUACUUUGGUCCAUGGAAAGUUCAUAUUGAUCUCUGAGGAUUGAAAAGGCUUCCAGGCAAGGUGGCGACUGAAAAGGUUGCAGGCAAGCUGAGUUCUACACUCUCAUGGGUGAAGAACUCAGUGUCACACACGGUCAGUCAGAUGGCUAGCCAGGUGGCCACGCCGUCUAGCCAGGUGGCAACGGUGCCCUCGUCCCUGCAGACCACCACAGCCACCUCGUCCUCCACCUCCCUCUCCUCCUCGUCCCCCACUUCGGCAUCGCCUGCAAAGCUCAGCCCAGAUGAACUGGAGCUGCUGGCCAAGCUGGAGGAGCAGAACAGGUUGCUGGAGACGGACAGUAAGUCCCUCCGCUCUGUGAACGGAUCCAGACGUAACAGCGUCUCCAGCCUCGUGUCCAGCUCCUCGGCUUCCUCCAACCUGUCUCACCUGGAGGAGGACUCCUGGAUCCUCUGGGGACGCAUAGUCAAUGAGUGGGAGGAGGUCCGAAAGAAGAAGGAGAAGCAGCUCAAGGAUCUGGUCAGAAAAGGGAUCCCCCACCACUUCCGGGCGAUAGUAUGGCAGUUGCUAUGCAAUGCCCAGAACAUGCCUAUCAAAGACCAGUACUCUGAGCUGCUGAAAAUGACGUCACCUUGCGAGAAGCUGAUUCGCCGGGACAUCGCCCGGACCUACCCUGAGCACGAGUUCUUUAAGGAGGACAGCUUGGGACAGGAAGUACUCUUCAAUGUCAUGAAGGCCUACUCUCUGGUGGACCGGGAGGUCGGUUACUGUCAGGGAAGUGCUUUCAUCGUUGGACUGCUGCUCAUGCAGAUGCCUGAGGAGGAGGCGUUCUGUGUGUUUGUGAAGCUGAUGCAGGACUACAGACUGAGAGAACUGUUCAAACCCAGUAUGGCUGAGCUGGGACUCUGCAUGUACCAAUUUGAGUUUAUGAUCCAGGAACUUCUCCCAGACCUCCAUAUCCACUUCCAGGCCCAAAGUUUCCACACUUCAAUGUACGCCUCCUCCUGGUUCCUCACCAUUUUCCUCACCUCCUUCCCUCUCCCUGUUGCUACCAGGAUCUUUGACAUCUUCAUGUUAGAGGGUCUGGAGAUAGUGUUCCGUGUGGGACUGGCCAUCCUACAAUUGAACCAGGCAGAACUCAUACAGCUGGACAUGGAGGGAAUGUUACAGCACUUUCAGAAGGUCAUUCCCCACCAGCUGGAAAGUGGACCAGACAAGGUCAUCCUCGCUGCUUAUAACGUCAAGUACAACGCCAAGAAGAUGAAGAAGUUAGAAAAGGAAUACACUACAAUCAAAACUAAGGAGAUGGAGGAGCAGGUGGAGAUUAAGAGGUUGCGCACAGAGAACAGACUGCUGAAACAGAGGCUAGACACACUGGAGAAAGAAAGUGCUUCCUUGGCAGAUAGAUUGAUCCAGGGACAAGUGACACGCGCCCAGGAGGCAGAGGAGACCUACCUGGUCGUGCGGGAGCUGGCCACAGUCAGGCAGCAGAGCGAAGAGGCCACAGCUCAACUGGAGCUGGCACAGAGCACCAUCAGGGAGCUCCAGCAGAGACCACUAUUGAAGGGCAUCCCCUGCUACACAGAGGAGUCUAUCCUGCAGCUGGAGAGAGAAUUGGUUCAGGCCAGGCUAAAGGAGGCAGAGUCCCAGUGUGCCCUCAAAGAGAUGCAAGACAAGAUCCUGGACAUAGAGAAGAGGAACACGUCUCUGCCAGAUGACACCAACGUAGUGCGGUUGCAGGAGGAGCUGAUAGCAGUGAAGCUGAGAGAGGCUGAGGCUGUGACUGGGCAGAAGGAGCUCAGACAACAGGUCAGAGACCUGGAGGAGCACUGGCAGCGUCACCUGGCGCGUACGGCGGGCCGCUGGAAGGACAGCCCUAAGAAGAAUGCUAUGUCUGAGCUGCAGGACGAGCUAAUGAGUGUCAGACUACGGGAGGCUGAGGCCCAGGCAGAGCUCAGAGAGUCACGACAGAGGAUGAUGGAGUUGGAGACACAGAACCAGAUCCAUGGCAACCAACUGCGUCGGGCGGAGCAGGAGGGCCGGGGCUUUCAGGAGCGUGUGACUGUGCUGACCGCCCAGAACAAGAGCCUGUACGUUCAGCUGCAGGAGAUCAAACGCAAACAGGCGGAGAUUGAGUGCAAGAACAAGGAGGAGGUGAUGGCGGUGAGGCUGAGAGAGGCUGACAACAUUGCUGCUAUGGCUGAGCUGCAGCAACAAAUCUCUGAACUGGAGAUACAGAAAGAAGAAGGGAAGGUCCAGGGCCAGCUGAACAACACAGACUCCAGUCAGUACAUCCGAGACCUGAAGGACCAGAUAGCUGAGCUCAAACAUGAGAUCCACUGCUUAAAAGGCCAGAGGGCAGGCAGCAUGUCCAAUCAGCCCAGUUUUGACAGGAUCCGCAUCGUCAAUCACUACAUACCAGACGACGAGUCGUACCAAUCCUCAGACGAAGACGCAGGCAAGACCCCCUCCCACCUGGACCCUCAACAGAGCAGUAGCAGCCACACCAGCCUCAUCAGGCUUCACCCCUCCCUGGAUCUGAAUAAUAGGCUGGGGGAUACAGACAGUGAGGGGGAUGAUGAUGGGGAGGGUCUGGUUCUCUCUGUGCCUCCCAACAGCACCCACAAACACACCACCGUGUGACCCGGUAACUGGGUCAUGGGCACCAUCGCUAGCCUCCUGGAGGCUGAUCAGGGCUGUUCUGAUCUAAUGCAGUGGGGCAGAGGUGGUGUCCAUGGUAGCAAGCCACACUCCUCAGGAGCAUGACGUCUACGUCAGUUUUGGGACUCCAACGUAGGGAGCUUCUUGGAAUGGAAUCUUUGGAAGCUUGGAGUGGAACAUGUCAUCUUUGUCAUCAAGUGAAGUCAUCGCAGAAUCACAUCUGUGGUGGAGUUGGUUGUUUUCUUUGUGUUACUCAGUUUGCUUUAUUCUUGUUUUGCCAAAACCAGAUUGAGGAGGAUCGUAUCAGUGAGUUGCUCUGGUCUGAUCCCCAAGUGGAUGGAUCAGAGAAGGACAACAUGAAGGCUCUUUAGCUUCCUGAGCUCCACAGAGCCAGACUGACCACCAGGGGAGUGGAUGGGGGUUACCCCAUCUAGGCAACCAAGCUACGGGCUCUCCCUCAGUUCCAUAACACCAACCAUGGUACAACAGACACAACACACAGAGAGACUGUGCAAUAGAAUGUUUUACGCUUUAUGGUGACGAUGACACUUCAUUCAAUCAGUUUUAAUUUUUUUUAGCAGAUUUUUAAGUGAACCAUCAAAAAUGUAUUGAGCCAUUUUGUGUCUGUCUUUAUCAUACGGAGGGAAUGAUGUACUGGAGAGUGAUGUCUCUAUUGAACAUAGUUAAAGAGCCCCAGUAACAAACAUUAACUGUGGCUAUGUCCCAAAUGGCACCCUAUUCCCUAUAUAGUACACUACUUUUGACAGGAACCCUGUGGGCCCUGGUCAAAAGUAGUGCACUUUAAAGGGGAUAGGGUGCCAUUUGGGACACGGAUAUACAACCUCCCGUAUCCGAAGGUCAAUGGGAAUCCAGUAUCUGUGUAUAUACAGUAUAUGUAAAUAGUUUUUUUGGGGGGGGGACUUGAAAAUAUGUAUCUAAUGAAUUAUUGCAUAUCUAAUGUUUAUAAUGUAUUGUAUUUUUGGACUGAAAGUGACAUAUCACUCUUAGUGUGGUCAAGACCCAUGGAUAACUGAUUAACAGACAUUUUUUCCACAAACAUGGGCUGCGUUCCGAUUCUCUACCCUUCUCCAGAAGUGAGCACUCAUUCACCAUCCCUCAUACUUGUUAAAUGCAUUGGAUUGGUGCAAGCAUGGCUAAAGGGGAGUUUCCAGCAUUAUUUCUUGCACCAAUGCAUUUCUUUUAAAUCCAUGCAGGGGAAUGUGCGAGUCCACACUCCACGAGGAGGGUAGAAAAUGGGAACGUAGCUAAUCAAUGUACUGUACGUGUUUUCUUAUCUCAUACUUAUCUUCUCUGGCAGGAUGAUUUUCCCUUUGGAGGAAGGACUGAUGUAGGAUCAUUGCAUAAUUUCAUAGAUUAGAAUACAUUUCAGCAUGCUGGUUAAUGAAAGCAUGUACCUAACUUAAGUGAACCAACCAUCUCAGAUUUAGAGGGCUGAUUUUAAAGUACUGCUCUUUCUAAGGUUGGCAUCCUACCUAGUCUGUUAAUAAAAUACAAAAAUUACGGGACAUAGUGAAAAGUAUGAGGACACAGAUCUGUGAUCUGAAUCUUGUAUGAACACCAAUAACAUUAAACAGAGGUAUUGCUAUGUUCUUUUGCACAAAAUGAAUGGCAGUCCAAGCCAAGGGAACAUAAUAUACUGCAUUCUGGGAAUCAAGUUAACAUAAGAGUGAACAACACUUCUAUCUGAAAAUACUAAGAAGAUCAUUUUAAAUGUUAGUUAAAUGGUCAACUAUUCCCUAUACAGUGCACGACUUCUGACCAGAGCCCUGGAUGAAAGUAGUGCACAAUGGAGGAAUAGGGUGCCAUUUGGGACGCAACGCAUCCCAAGACAUGUCCUGUUUUGUUUCCUAUGUGAACGAAGCAAAGUGCAUUGUGUCAAGUGUUACCAAAGUGUAGGAGCCGUUGUAUAGGCCUGGUACCAAAUCAGUUUGUGCUGUAUAGCCUAUAACUCCUGUGGCCUUGGAAUGACAGAUCUGGGACCAGGCUGCAACUGUAAACCGUAGGCUCUGCCUGCCAGAGAAAUAAGCACCACUCCAUUUCAUAAGGGAUGAAUGACAUUGAUUCAUUAUCAGGAUUAUCAUAACACUAAAACAGACAGCCUCCUUCCUCUAGGUUGAAAAAUGCCCAGAACAAGGGAAAACUGAUAAUAGCUAAAUUUGGUCAUUUUUGACCGCAGUGGCCCUUUAAGACAUUAGAACCACAAUGUAUCAGCUAAGUGUCUUUCUAUUCAGAAUGCACUGCAAUCCUCUCACUCAUUGUUCAGAUGGGUUUUUGUGAUACUGUUGUGAUAUUACCUGGUUAAGUACUACGAUAGAUGGAAUCCAUAUUUGGAGAGGUAUUAUGAUGCAGUCUUGGCACUUUGAGGGAAUAAAAUGCAUUUUAGAAGAGUAUUCUACAUAAGGCAGCCAACCGUUAACACUAUGGAAUAAUACUUAUCACACUCAUGUAUGUGAGAUUGAUGUGUGUGACGUCACAAAUAAACUAACUAUUUGAUAACUGUU